CGACUCUCUACAUUCACGACCACAUUCACGACUACUAUAAAAACGUUCAUACGCCCGACGUUAUUCCACACGACGUCGGGGACAGCGCCCAGUGUCAAUGACACGAACACAAAAUGAUCCAGACGACCCGCCACGAUCGAGGCCACGAUCCAACACCGCGUUCGCCAAUGCCUUCAGCGGCUGGCGCAAGCAACGCACAGACCCCGCUGCGUCCAACCCACCAGCGCUACCCCCCGCUGCACUCGGCGCACCCGCCGCCGCCGCCCUCCCGUUCGACGCCCUCGUCGAGUCCCUCUCGUCGCCCGAUGUUGAGCAUAGCCUGGCGAACGCGCGGGCGCUCGUGGCUGCGGUGAGCACGCACAUGCCGCUGCCGAAGCUGGCGGUGCUCGAUCCUGUCCUGGCGCAGCUGUGCGAUGUGCAGGAGGCGCCGCCGGCGUUGCGAGCGGCGGGGUACGAUGUGUUGGCUGCGUACUGCGAGCGUGGGGAUGUGAGGCUGGGUGCGGCGGAGCGGGAUGCGCGCAUCGCGGGGCUGGCGAGGAGUGCGGAGUGGGGGCCGCCUGAGGUGGGCGAGGCGCGGUUGAGGGCGCUGAGGGGGCUUGUGAGGAAUGGGAUCGAGGUUGCGGGGGCGGAGAGAGUGUUGGUGAGGAUGCUUGUGCAGUGGAUGGGCGGUGCGUUUGAGUGCUAUGUGGUGGAGGAGAGGGCGGCAGAGAGGGCGGAGAGGGCGGCGAGUGUGGAGAGCAUCGCGGGCUUGCUGGCGAGUGUGUUGGACACGUUCAAGUCGGAGGACGAGCCUGCGGAGGUAUUGGAUCUGUAUGCUGACUUGGUAUGUCGGGCGCUGGAUGCACCGCCGGUGUCUCCAGUCCCGGACUCGGGGAGCUCGACGCAAGGCACGCCCACGCCGUACCAUACGGCCCCCGAGCAUGUGGCUGCACCGCAUAGUGCGUCGGCGAUGCUCAGGCCGCCGUAUCCGCUGCUCAGGACGGCCCCGUCCUCGCCAUCUCUGCGGUCACUCGGAAACGCGGGCGGGGCACCGACAAAAGAGCCACCUGAAGUGGCCGUCACGCUCUAUCUCAACCAUCUAUCGUCCCAGCUCAAGGUGCUCGCGCCACGCUAUCUCAAAUCUAUACUCCCUAUCCUCUUCCGUGCACAGGCGUUCUUUGCCUCGCCGCUGUCGCGCCUCACCGUCACCGGGCAGGCGCCCGCGGCGCUACCGAUCGAACGCAAGAUCCAGAAGAGGCUACUCUCGCUAUUCUCGGGCCCGGACGCGCCGUCGUGCAUGAACGUGCUCAAGAGCCACCUGAGCCCGCCACAUGGGCCCGUCGAGGACCUGCACGCGCUCGCGGUCGUCGCGUUCGGCGCGCACCGCGUGCUGCGCAAUCUCAUCCGCCAGCGGCUCACCGCGCGCAUGGCGCGUGCGUACAUCUCGCGUGUCAGCGCGGAGCAGUCGACGCACUCGGGUGCGCCGGGGGGGAAGAUGGACAUCGGGGAUGAGCUCAUGCACCGCGCGUGGACACGCGACGAGAUCGAGGGGUGGGACGAGGUGAGGUUCGGGAAGCUGCUUUGGCGCUCGGUCGAGGAGUGGCUGAGGUUUCAGCCGCAGGAGGAGGCGGCGCAUAAUUUCGAGAUGGACAGGGAGCGGAUCGUGGAGGAGGCUGCUGGGACGCUGCAGGAUAUUCUGCAGGAGUUUGAUGAGCGGGAGAAUGUGAGGCAGAUGGGCGAGGACGAGGCGACGAUUGCGGGGCAGACGCUGCGCAAUCUGGCGAGCUAUGUGCAACUUCUCAGCACCUUAGACGACACGCCGUAUAUCCUGCCCAUCGCUCAGCCGUCUGCCGCGCAAAAACCCAUCUUGCGCACGUUCUCUGCGGUCCUCUCCCGUGACCACUCGAUACGGCUGAAUCCGCCGCUUUCCACGACCAUGCUGUUCGUUGCGGACCAUCUGACGGACGCGGAUUGCGCCAAAGUCCCGCCAAUCAUGCUGGAGCAGAGUGACCUCUCGCCGAUCUCACCAAAGUGGCUGCAGCAGUGGCAAGACAUCUUGGGCAACGCCACCUUCUCGAGCGGCACGCACCCUCAGACUUGGGCUGCCAUCGUGCAGGCGCUGCAGACGGUGUACGAUAGUCUGCAUGAAGCAUCGGAAGAUCGGAUGCGACUAGCUGAGCUGGUGUUUAACUUUUGUCAGAAACGGUACCACGAAGUGCCUGAGGACCCUCUCGAUGGUCGCGUUUUAUGGCGAAUUCUCGGAGACGAGGUGGUUUUUCUGACAGUGGAAAAGUAUGCAAAGGACCCCGAAGAUGCCGAUGCACCAGCAUCCGCUCAAGAUAUCAUCGAACUGCUUGCUGAUGUUGCCGUGGAGAGCUCACCGGAUGAGGAAGAGGAGGUCGAGCCGCCGCCGAGUGCCCAUUGGAACCAUUCGACGUCGACGUCUGACACGGCGUCGCCGCAAUCGUACUCUUCUUCCACUGGGACAUCCACCGCUAGUUCUCCCGUACUAUCGAGGCACCACAGUCAGUUCCGGCCUGUGCUAAAGGAAAAAGACUCGGCGAUGCCUUCGGUCAUGUCGAUUUUGUCCUCGCUGACGGGGUCGCGGUCGCAAAGUGCUCCCCAUCCAGAGGAGGAAAUCGAGACUCCCGUCGAAAUUGCCCCACCGAUACCACCGCCAGAACCUCCACUCCCCCGACCGGCGCUCGCCAUGAUCGCCCUCAUUUCUGUUUUUGGGCAUCUCGCAUUCUCUGCCCACUCUCAAGAUAGGGACCACGGCACCGCCGCUAAUCAGAUUUACGAGUUGCUCGUGCAGCUGCUCGUGGAUUCGAGGUCGGCGCGGGCGAAGCUCACUCUGCUGCAGUUCUUGAUGCGGCUGAGAGCGACUCAGUCCCAUCAGAUGUAUUUCGUGGAAAAGCACCCCGACGUGGACGGACACGUGCGCACGCUGGCGUCGCUCAUCGGGCGGGUGCCGCCGCCUCCCCCGCCACCUCCGCCACCUGGCCACGAGGAAAGUAAGAGCCAUUCGGCUGAGCCCUCGGACGAGGUUGGGCUGCUACGAACGCGUACACGCGGCGCUGCAGAGCGGGACGGGCGGCGGGCGUCGAGAGGGCGCGGACGGCCUUCUAAUUCUGCAUCGAGCAGGAGCCGGUCGAGAGCUCCUAUGCCAUUAUCGCCGCCAGUGUCUGGGACGCCUGUGACGAAGGUGAGGAGGACGAUGUGGACCGUGCCAGAGACGUGUCGGUUUCCUGUGCUUAGCGACACGCCAAGCUCGAGUCUCGUCUCGUAUGACCCGGAAGGCGAGACCCCUUGUGUCUCGGCGACGGAUUUGUACCUCGAUGCGCUGCUCACGGUGCUCCAGAGAGAGAGAAACUGGGAGAUUGUGUCAUAUGUGCUGUGCCACCUGCCGGUGCAUCUCGGGAACAAGCAUUUCUUUUGUGGUCCAAGGAGCAAGGUGAUCAUGACGAAGCUUGCGACGUUCCUUUCGACGGGCGUCGUCUCCGGAGAACUUGGCACGAACAUCGAUCGCUGGCCUCCCGGACUCAAAGCUCGGGACGCUCAUGGUCUCGUGUUUCAUUCCCUCACUGUCCUCGUCAGCUACAAGAUCUGUUUCGAGACUCCGCUGCGGCAUGCGCUUGUCGAUGUCUUCCGCGAAGGAUUGAACGGCACCCCGUCGACUAUUAUCUGCUGCCUGCACGCGCUGACCCUGUGCGCAUACGAGCUCACCGCCUCUCUGAAAAAAUCCCUGCCCGCCAUCCUCGAGACGCUUUCCCAGAUCAUGUCCAACCCAGACAUGGCAGUCCAUAUCCUCAACUUCCUCUCCAUCGUCGGCUCUCUGGCCGAUUUACAGACAAACCUGCGCGAGGAUGAUGUAAAGAUGGUAUUCGGCGUUGCGCUGCAGUACCUCCAGCACCACAACCGGCUCGGCGACCACCCGACGAUCUCGUGGGCGCUCUCGCAGUACGUGCGCAUGAUCUGCUUCUACGUGGUGUACAUCUGGUUCCUCUCCGUGAAGCCGCCCGACCGGCCGCGGCACAUCCCGUACAUCGCGCGCCAGCUGCUGCUCGCGAACGAGGGACGCCGGACGGUGGACGAGCCGACGGAGGUGUGCUUUGACUGGCUCGCGCGGUAUUUGUAUGUCAGCGCGGAGCCGAAGCCGAAGCCGGAGGGCGCGGUGCUCGAGGAUAUGGUGAUGAACCCGAGCGCGCUGCGUGCGCCGGCGGAGCCGUCGGUGAGCGAGACGACGUGGUUGAUUGGGAACUCGGUUAUGACGGUGCGGACGCUGGAGCGGGAGGGCUGGGUGGAGGUGCUGUCGAGAAGGCCGUCUGGGUUUACCAAGUUUACGUGUCGGCUUGAGAAGCCACCCGCCGAGGAAGAUGAGGAAGGAAAUGAAGAGCAAUCUGAUACUAUAUUGGAAGAUGGAGAGGGCGAGCAGUCGGAAACUGAACCUCAGGCAGAACCAGAAGCGGAGGGAACUGAGCCUUCUGAUGUGACUCCAGAGCAAGAACCAGAUGCAGAGAAGAAAGAUCCUGUACCGCCGCUCAACCCGUCAUAUUUUGCUCUGCAAUUAUCCCCUCACCCAGCUACCUUCAAUUUCCCUUCCCAAGGCGUCAUCGAACCAUCUACACUGCGCCGGUUCAUUGGGAACCUCGAUCGAGUUCCUGUCAUCGACACACACAAGGUCGGGAUCAUGUACGUCGCACCCGGCCAGACCACCGAGCAAGAAAUUCUCCGUAAUACCUCAGGCUCCUCCGCGUACACAACCUUUCUCUCCGGGAUGGGCCGACUCAUCAAUCUCCGUUCCCCGACGGAUGUUUACACGGGUGGCCUCGAUCCGGACGAGGACGGCGAGUACGCGUACGCGUGGGGGGAUGACAUCGGUCAGAUUCUCUAUCACACAGCGACGAUGAUGCCCUCGCGCGAGGGAGACGAGCACUGUGUAAACAAGAAGCGGCACAUUGGAAACGACUACGUGCGCAUCGUCUGGAACGACUCGGGCGAGCCGUAUAGGUUCGAUACGCUUGCGACUCAGUUCCAGUUCGUCAAUAUCGUGAUUGAGCCGCACACGCUUCGGUCCGAUUCUCCUCUUUCGGAAUCGGUAGAGGAGGCUGGCGGGGACGUCGAGGUCGGCGUUGAAGGAGAGGGCGUAGCUAAAGCAGAGCCGGAGAGUGCUGUUGAAGCAGAUCCAGAAGCGAACGACGCUGAAACGGACGGAGAUGCUGAACCAGAGCCAGAACCCAUCGCGGACGUAGAACCUGAAGCAGAGGAAGAAGCAGUCGUCGAAACCGAGUCAGAGCCAGUUGGUGAUGCUGGCCUCGAAUCAGCCCCAGAAGCAGACUUGGAAGAGGUGGUUGACGAGGGAGCGGACGCAGACGAUGAAGCAGAAGAAAUUGCACCAGACUCAACUGCUGAACAGGAAGCAGACAUCGAAACAGAGCCAGAGGCACAAGAGGCUUCUGAGGUCGAAGAGACGGAUGCUGGAACCCUUGUCGCCGAGGUGGAGACAGAAACCGGGGAGACAGAGGCAGCUACGGAGGAUGAGGCAGAGCUGAGCACAACCCCAUCCCCUACACCUCCACCUCCGAUCCCACUUCCCCCUCCUACACUCGGCCCUGGCGAGCUGGCCCACCAGCGCGAGUACUUCAAAGUUAGCGUGCAGCAGGCGCCAGGCAUGCGCGAGUUUACGCCUAUCGGUGAUUUCAAGCUUAUCAGCGACGAACAACUGCCACUGCUCGUACGGCAACUGAGCAUGCUCGCGGACUGGUUUGCUGGUGUUUUCAUGCGCACGGAGCGCGACACGGUUGCGGUGGAGGCUAUCACGAACUGGCGCAAUCGUCUGCAGAUGAUUGCGAGGUUCAGGAGGAAUAAUAUGCCUGAGGAGGAGGCUGCUCUGAUUGGGAGGACGGGGGCGGAUGGCGAAGGUGGCGAAGGUGGUGAUGAGGGAGGCGGGGAAGGUAUGGGGAUGCUGGGAUUGGAGGUUUACAGGAAUUUCGCAGAGCUGUAUGAUUGAAAAUGUUGUCGUUUUUUUUCCUCUUUGCUGUCGUUUAUUUGCUAAACUGUCGUUGCGUUCUCAUUUUUCCUGAAUAUUAUUUAC